UCAAUUUCGACUAAAAUGACAUUAUUGUCGAAGGAUUCAAAAAUUAUAACGUGUUUCUUGGGAGCACUAUUUUUCCUCUCAAAUCAACUAUCGUGCGUUGAUGGACAAAUUGAGUGGACGGUUGAUUACGGAAUUAGUGAUGACUUCUUCGGUUUGCCUAUGAAGCAUAAAGAUGACAACUACUUGAAUUUACAAAUCCGAAAUCUAAAUAAAACGGCGUUGAUAGAAUCCAGAUCAAUUAUUCAUUUAGUUAGCAGCAACACCGAUGUAGUGAAAGUAUCAAAACAAAUUUCUGCGCUUGAAAUUGAAAACAACAGUUAUGAAGGACCAAUCAUACUUAACCCGAUUUUUUUUGGUAAAGCGAAAAUCUAUGUCGAAAUUGAUUAUAUUCGUGAAGAAAGGAAAGAACAGUCGCUGGAAAAACUGGAAGUUCAUGUGUAUCGGCGAUCAUUUGAAAUAAUCUCGAGUAGAGUAACUCAAUUUAUUAAUUUCCUUAUAUUUUUCGUUUUGGGAUGUAUUUUGGAUUCCGAAAACAUGGUACAAGUAUUGAAAAAACCAAUUGGACGCAGUUGCAUAUUAUCUACAGAAACUCUUUUUGCCAUGUCUAGUUUGGUGUUAUGCUUCUCUCUGUUCCGUGAUUAUGAUGCAAAGCAAUAUUUAUAUGAUACAUAUUUUGAUGGAAUAGUAGGUAAUUGGAUCAUGAGACAUUUUAUUGUCUGGACAUUGAUUUUAAAAGGAAAUACGGAAUUAACUACAUUGACGAGCAUAAUUAACAUUGUGCUAAGCAUUGGUAUUGGACACAUAUACUUUUUGACUGGGCAACGUAUUUUCAGCGAUUUUAGCUUUAUUGACGAUGAAUUAAAAGAUAUCUAUGAACUUUAUAAAGCAAGUGUUUGGAUUAUAAUUUUUCCUGUAUGUGUUGGAUUUGGUGUUAGUUUUUUAACUAAGCGCUGUAUUCCCGGUUUAACAAUCAACUUUAAAUACGUUUUGGAGAUAGUUUUGACACCAGUUUUAAUUUUAAUCGCUACCAUCCUUUAUUUAGCGCCACACAUCGAUUUGUUUAUAUACAGAAUGUUUACGGUUGAGUUGCUUUGCAUUGGUUUCCUAUGGCCAUUUAUAAUAUAUUGUGGUUCACUAUACGUAACACAACGAUUGAAAUUUGAGCCAAAAGAUCGUCUAGCAAUUACCAUUGAAGUCAUCAUUGCAAAUCUCUGGUUGGGAAGUCAGGUUUCUAUGUAUAUAAUAGCGAAGAAUACGGAACUAGAUUAUAAUGAUUUCGGUGUUCAAUUAUAUCCUUCAAUGUUUGCUAUGACAUUAGUUAUAUUGAGCGGACAUUCGAUUUUGAUUUAUGCAAGAAAUGGCAUAAAAGGAAAACCAACGGAACCCAGCAACGAUCAAUCAGAUAUUUAAUAUCGAUAUUUCCUACAUAUUGCAAAUAUUAAAACGUGGUAUUGAAAGACACAUUAUAAGUAAAAUUGAAAUAAAGUAUUAUAAUGAUGACUGGG